CUCGAUUCGUCCUCUGUUGGUUGUUCGAUCGAACUGGCUUACUAGCAUUACCUAGAUGGUUGAGAGUUUUCCGCAUCCUAGGUUGUCCGAAUGCGGGUUGUAACGUCGUUCGUGAACAAAGCUGCUAGAAGCCUGGACAUUCUUAGUCACCACAAGUCCAGCCCAACUCGCGGUGGUAUCACAAGAACGGCUGGCUGCGCGUGUUCCCAAUGCCUCCGAAACGAGGGCUUCGAUGAGAACAGCAGGACCCUUGACGCAGGCUGCAUCGGUCUAGGCGAAAGGAUCGCUGGCGCUGAGGGCGGCGCGCCGGCAGAGUUGCCGUUCGGCGGGCUUCCCCACACUUUUGUUCUCCUCCUCCCCCGCCGAUCGUUGCCUUCCGCAGCGGAGAGAGGGGGUGGGAACGUGAGCUCACGAACGAUGAUCCGUACAUAUGUCCCCCAAUGUCGUACAUCACCGCUGUGGCAGGCAGACCAGCAGACUGGCCACACCAAAAAUGUCCAAUGGCAUGCGAUCCCUUUCUGCCCCUUUCUCUUUUCUGGACGCCUGCUUACCUAUCCAAUGCAAUCGUUUCGUCAGAGCUACCCAGACCAUGUAGGAAGUACCCGCGCGGGGGUAAUCGAGAGCGAGGGGCAGUUAGGGGUCUUUGUCUUGCCUGUGUAUCUGACCAUUACGCACUUCCCGCUGGAUAGAAGGCGGGAGACCAUAGCAGAAAUGACGGAGGGGAGGAGAAGCUUCAGCGUUCGACCCUCUGAUAUGCCGUCCAACACUAACAUCCCCUCAGUUUUCAGACCGAUGUACCUCCUCUUGCUACUCCAACUCUGUCAACAGUGACGCUGGACAAGUCCAUACCGCCUCGCCAAAUGGCUCUACCUACUAGGUAGGUAUUGUACUCGACGUAGGUGUCCCGCUUUCUUCGAGCGGGUUCCCCGUAGUAAGUCCCCUUACACUAGCAUGGUAGCUCCCCGCGU